GGUUGUUGUACACACAUGGAAACUGAGAAGUGAAGAGGAAGUCUCACCGAGUUGCAGUCUAAACCGUGUCAUUGUGAGCAAUGGCAUCACAUGGACACAGUCAUGGCGGUGGCCAGUGUAACCACAGUCAUGGGGGUGGAGGAUUUCCCCAGGGGAUGGCAGGGAUACCCCAGGGACUGUUUCCAGGAGGGCACAGUCAUGGGGGUGGAGGCAUAGGACAGACAGGAAUGGGGGGUAUUCCAGGAAUGGUACCAGUGGGAGGUUUACCCAUGCCAGCCAUGGGAGGUUUCCCCAUCCCAGGACAAAUGGGAGGAGGCAUUCCCAUGCCUUCUGUGGGGAAAAUGGGAGGCAUGCCAAUGCCAAGAGUGGGAAACAUGUCAAUGCCAGCAGGAGUGAGACAAAUGGGAGGCAUGCCAGCGGGACAAACCUUUCCAAUGCAAGGCAUUCAGAUGCAGGGUAGUCCUAUGUCACAAGGUGGUACAGGUGCUGCUGGUGGUCCUGUCCCAGGGGCCAUGCAGGUCCAGAUGCCCCCACAGAUGGCACUACUCUCACAAAUGAUGGCACAAGACAGUUCGGAUCCUGCAGAGGAGGUUGAUAUAUUUGAGGCCCUGGAUGCUGCCAGGUCUAGUCUGAACUCUGUAGCUCACACGUGUGGAGAGCCGGGCACAGUGUGCGCGGCCUCUCAUGGCAGCCAGGAGGAGAUGAAGAAAAAGAUGGCUGCAGGACAAAAGAUAAUGAAAUUGUUAAUGAAGAACCCAGCAGUGAUAGACCAGAAAGAUUUGAUAUUUAUAGGGUUAUGUAGGAAAACAAGGAUAUCUUCAGUCAAAAUGAAACUUGGGACAGGUCACUGA